UUGUGACUUAGGCACUAUGAUGCAGUGACCAUGCAAGGGCAGGCUGGUGGUUAUACUCCUCCAAGAUCAUUUUCUUCUUCCCUUUACUUCCCCGCUUUCGGCAGGGAAAGGCCAGAUGACAACCUGAAACUCAGCCAAGCUUGCAGCUGUGGUCGCUGGUGAAGUCAACUCCAGCAAAUCGGAGGCAUUAAUGACCUUCCUGAGGUGGUCCUCUCUUUUUCCAAUUCCCACCUUGAUAGAGGGGUAUCUCAAAGUGGGCGAAUCAAGUUGAGAAGAACUGGAAACAGCCACAGCCAACAACCUCCCACCACAGCACUACAGUUAAGGGAUCCUGUUCCAUCAAGAUAGCCAUCAGCCAAUCAGUUGUCUGCCAACCCAUCAUCUGCCACCCCAUCCUUAGUCAACCAAGCAGGAAUCAACACGGCAUGAACCAAUCAGGCACGAAGCAAUCAAGUUUAUCAGAUUCGAACCAAACCGGCAUAAACCAGCCAAGCACAAGCUCACUUGGUAUGAACCAAAUGGACGUGAACCAACAGAGUGCAAGCCUACAUGAAAUGAACCAAGUGGACACGAAACAACCAAGCAUGAGCCAAGCUGGCAUGAGGCAAUCAAGUACAAGCCUACCGGACAUAAACCAACCUGGCAUGAAACAACCAGGCACAUGGCAAUUAGGUAGGAGCCAACCAGAUAUGCUGCAACAAGAACUGAGCCAACUAGUCCUGAGCAAAGCAGGCAUAAGCCAACCAGGCCCAUCGCAACCAGGCCCAAGCCAAUCAGGCCCCAGCCAAUCAAGCAUGAGGCAAGUAGGCACGAACCAAUCAGGUAUGAGCCAACCAGUGGUGGGGCAACUAGACAGCCAGUCCGGUAGGAGCCAACCAACCACCAGACAAGUAGGCACCAGCCAAUCAGGCACAAGCCAAAUAAGCCUGAGCCAACCAGGCACAUGGCAAACAGGACUGAGCCAACCAGUCCUGAACCAACCAAACAUGAGUCCACCAGGCAUGUGGCAACCAGGCAUGAGCCAGCAAGUCCCAAGCCACCCAGACAUGAGUCAACCAGGCAUGAGUCAGCAAGUCCCAAGCCACCCAGACAUGAGUCAACCAGGCAUGAGUCAGCAAGGUCCGCAACCAGGCAUGAGGCAACCAGGCACUAGCCAAUCAUGUAAGAACCAAACAGACAUGGGCCAACCAGGUGCAAACCAAUCAAGUUUAUCAGAUUCCAACCAAACAGGUAUAAACCAGCCAAGCCCAAGCUUACAUGGUGUGAACCAAUUGAACAUGAACCAGCUGAGUGCAAGCCUAUAUGAAAUGAACCAAGUGGAUAUGAAACAACCAAGCAUGAGCCAAGCUGGCAUAAGGCAAUCAGGUACAAGCCUACCAGACAUAAACCAACCUGGCAUGAAACAACCAGGCACGUGGCAAUUAGGUAGGAGCCAACCAGGCAGGAGCCAACCAGGCAUGUGGCCACAAAGCCUGAACCAACUAUUCCUGAGCAAAGCAAGCAUAAGCCAACCAGGCCCAUCUCAACCAGGCCCAAGCCAAUCAGGCCCCAGCCAAUCAAGUACGAGCCAAGCAGGCACGAACCGAUCAGGUAUAAGCCAAACAGUGAGGUGGCAACUAGACAGGCGACAGUCAGGUAGGAGCCAACCAAGCAUGAGACAAGUAGGCACCAGCCAAUCAGGCACAAGCCAAUGAGUCACAUGGCAAGCAGGCCUGUGCCAACUGGCCCGGAGCCGACCAAACAUGAGUUCACCAGGCAUGUGGCAACCAGGCAUGAGCCAGCAAGUCCCCAGCCAACUAGGCAUGAGACAACCAGGCACUAGCCAAUCAAGAAAGAACCAAACAGGCAUGAGCCAUCCAGGCAGGGGUCAUCCAGGCAUAUGGGAACCGGGGCCGAGUCACUCAGGCCGGAGCCAACAAGAGCUGGACUAAUUAGUACUGAGCCAACCAGGCCUGAGUCAACCAGGCAGGAGCCAGCCAAGUGUGAGCCAAAUGGGCAUGAGGCAGACAAGCAUGGAUUAUUUUCAAAUAAGACCUGCAGAGGCUGGAGACUGCCCAGAAAUUUUGCGACUGAUUAAAGAAUUGGCUGCCUGUGAAAGCAUGCUAGAUGCAAUGGAGUUAACAGCAGCUGAUUUACUCAGAGAUGGCUUUGGGGACAAUCCCCUUUUCUACUGCCUGAUUGCAGAAGUAAAUGAGCAACAAAAACCAUCAGGCAAAUUGACUGUUGGAUGUGCCAUGUACUACUUUACAUAUGACUCAUGGAUUGGCAAGGUACUUUACCUAGAGGACUUUUAUGUCACACGAGCUUACCAAGGUAAAACUAAAAUUUAUGAUAUUUAUUGGGUGAAAUUCAGCCCCCGAUAUUUCACGUGGGUCCUUUUCUAUGUUCCCUAAGUGUUGACUGGUCUGAGAAAUAAAGGGAAAGAGUACAAAAGAGAGAAAUUUUAAAGUUGGGUGUCUGGGGGAGACAUCACAUGUAGGCAGGUUCCAUGAUGGCCCCCUAAGUUGCAAAACCAGCAAGUUUUUAUUAGUGAUUUUCAAAAGGGGAAGGAGUGUACGAAUAGUGUGUGGGUCACAGAGAUCACAUGCUUCACAAGGUAAUAAAAUAUCACAAAGCAAAUGGGGGCAGGGUGAGAUUACAGGACCGGGGUGAAAUUAAAAUUGCUGAUGAAGUUUUGGGCACGCAUUGUCAUUGAUAACAUCUUACCACGAGACAGGGU